AUGAGGUUCUCAACUUUUGUGAAGCAAUCUGAGCUUGUGCUAGCCAGGCUUAAGUCAAUUGAAGCAAAAGUGCUUGCUAUCGAAAAGGAACCUAUCACUCCUCAACUUAUAACAAAGCUCACUCUUUUGGAUUCCACCGCUACAGCCAAAAAUAAUGAUUUUGACAAAUUAGUGAAUAAGUUGUUCGGCACUGUGCCUUUACCUGAGGAAUUAGAUGAAAGUGAAAAUAUCACUACAAUUUCAACAUUACAAGAUGAAAUAAGUGAUCUCUAUGUGUCUAUUCACUCUUUGUGUGUGAACUUGAUACCUUCCCCAAGCUCUAACCAGUCGAGCCAGCCAAACCUGGAUGAUUCCAAUGCAGCUAUCAGCCAAGUAGCUACAACUAAGAGUCGAAGUGAUAACUCUGUAACUCCUAAGUUAGAUGAGUUAACCAAGUACAUUGAGUCUCACUGUGUAAAUCUUGAAGCAGCUAAUCUUACUAAUGUGGGAUCAUCUCUUAAGGGUAACACAGACAAACGAGCUCCAAGUUCUGACUCAAAUAAAAAUGAAUCUGGUUUUGUUGGUUUGACAAAUACAGAGAACACAGUUCUUCUUGCCACUGCUUUAAUUGUGGUAAAAUCAAGCGAAGAUUUACCUCGAGCUAAGAUCACUCCUGAAGUUCGCUCACAGAUGCAACAUUUAAUGUUAGCCGAUCCUACUUUUGAUAAACCCGCUCCUAUUGAUGUUCUAAUUGGAGCUGACCUUUUUGCCUCCUCUGUGAAAGGCCAGUUUUUGUCACUUGGUGAGAAUAUGCCUGUAGCAAUUGACACCAUUUUUGGAUAUGCGCUCUUAGGAUCGACCCCUGUCGCCUCAACUUGCAAAAAUUCAUUUCAUGGAUUAGUCACACUCUUAACCACCAAUAGUUUGGAUCUUCACACCUCUAUCCAACAGUUUUGGGCUGUAGAGGAACCCCCUCUUACAAGCAAGCAAUCCUUAGCCGAAGAAAAAUGUGAAAAACAUUUUGUAUCUACGCACUCUCGCACUCCUGAAGGAAGAUAUAUUGUCUCUUUGCCUUUCUCAGACGAUCCGUCAACAUUAGGCAACUCGAGCAAAAUGGCAAAAUCCCUAUUCUGGUCUCUGGAGAAUAAAUUUCGUUCUAAUCCUGAUUUCAAGGAAACUUAUGUUGAUUUUAUGAGAGAUUACUUGUCUUCGGGACAUAUGACACUCUGUCAGUCACCACGUCUUAAAAAUAAUCCUCAUUACUACCUUCCACAUCAUGGAAUUUUUAAAGAUGGAAAAUUAAGGGUAGUAUUCAACGCAUCAGCACCUACAUCAACAUCUCUGUCUCUCAACAGUAUUCUUCAUCAAGGACCAAAACUCCACAACAACAUAUGUGACAUCAUUCUCAACUUUCGCCGACAUGCGGUUGUUUUUUCAUGCGACAUCAAGCAGAUGUUUCGACAAGUCCUUGUAAAGGAAUCUGAUCAGAUAUUUCAACUUAUUUUCUGGAGAGAGAAUGAUAAAAUGCCUCUUCAAAUCUAUCAGCUAGCGACUGUCACUUAUGGGCUCACAUCAUCGCCCUACUUGGCAAAUCGUGUCAUUCAACAACUCAUUAUUGAUGAAGGAAAAAAUCAUCCUCUAGCCGCAACUGCUCUAAAGGAUCAGAUUUAUGUCGAUGACGCCCUAUUGGGUAGUAAUUGCGUAGAAAACGCUCUUUUGUUGAAAAAUGAUGUGGUUCAGUUACUCAAAAAAGGAGGUUUCGAGUUAAGAAAAUGGUCUUCGAAUAAUCCAUUACUCUUACAGUCGAUCCCUGAAGAUCACAAAGAAAAACCUAUUGGUUUUCGAGCUCCCGAACAACCAGUUCAUAGUGUUUUAGGACUUAAAUGGAUUCCUAAUGAAGAUGUUUUUUCUUAUUCUGUAGGAACUCAAAAUAUUAAGGAAACUCCUACAAAAAGAAUUGUUUUAAGUGUGAUAUCACAGAUCUAUGACCCGUCAGGAUGGUUAACUCCUGUAACCUUCUGGUCCAAAUCCUUCAUGCAAUACUUAUGGACACUUGGUCUCGAUUGGGAUGAACCCCUAGACGACAGCGUUAUAUCAGUUUGGAACAAGUUCGCCAAUGAACUUCCAUAUAUUGAAAUGCUCAAGAUACCUCGCUACGUGGGACUUUCUUCUGCUAAAGAUAUUCAGCUACAUGCUUUUUCUGAUGCAAGUGAAGCAGGAUAUUGUAGUUGUGUUUACCUGAGAGUUGUAAAUUCACAAGGAAUUAUAUCGACUUAUCUUCUGAUAGCGAAGUCAAGAGUCGCACCUCUGAAGCGUAUUUCCAUACCUCGCUUGGAGCUCUGCGGAGCACACCUGAUGUCUAAGCUCCUAAAUUACUGUAUACAACUUCUCUCACCUCACUGCAAGAUUAGUUCAUACACAGCUUGGUGCGAUUCCACAAUCGUGCUUUCAUGGAUUGGCAUGCCCUCUUAUCGACUCAAGGUUUAUGUGUCAAAUCGAGUUGCAGAAAUACAGGAAAAUAUCCCACCUUCAUUUUGGCAACAUAUUUCAUCACUAGAAAAUCCAGCGGAUGUUGGGUCAAGGGGUACCGCCCCACAAGAUUUGAUUAACCACACACUUUGGUGGAAUGGACCUGUCUGGUUGUGUAACUCUGAAGAAAAUUGGCCAAAGUCUGUCUGUAAAUCUUUACCUGAAGAGUCUAUCCCUGAAACUAAGAUUCUCACAGUUAACACUCUCUCUGCUGUUCCGGAUGAACCAUUUUCUCUCCUCACUCGCUUCUCAUCUUGGACAACACUACUUCAUGUUUCCGCAUACCUGCUGCGCUUCAUUCAUAACACCAGAAAUAAAGUUAAACAAAUUGGGAAUUUAACUUCUCAGGAGAUAAAAGAGGCUCAUAACCUGAUUUGUAAAUUGGUUCAACGAGAAUAUUUUUCUGAAGAAAUCUCAUGUUUGAAAUCCAAUAAACCUUGCUCUGUACGCAUUAGACGCCUAGCUCCUUAUCUGGAUAAAGAUGGCCUCAUUCGAGUAGGGGGAAGAAUAAACAAGGCUGAUAUCUCUGAAGAUCACAAACACCCCGUCUUGCUACCUAAAGGUCAUAGAUGUAAACCUCCUCAUUCUUCUCCACUCAUGGGGGAAUUACCUAUGAAUCGAGUUACACCUUCAAGGCCAUUUUCCAUAUCUGGUGUAGAUUAUGCAGGACACUUCUUUGUGAAGCAACAUCUACUAAGACGAGUUCAACCUAUCAAGGUUUAUAUUUGUAUAUUUAUUUGCUUCUCUACUAAGGCGGUACACAUAGAAGUAGUAACCGACCUAACAGCGGAUGCCUAUUUAGCCGCUCUUACCAGAUUUGUCUCCAGACGAGGAAUCGUUUCAGAUAUUCACUGUGACAAUGCUACAAAUUUCACAGGUGCAUCCGAAAAACUCAGACGCAACUUUGAAAAUUUAAUCAAGGAUUCCACAGUACAAUGCUACGCUGAGAAUUUCAAUAUUAAAUUUCACUUCUUACCUCCACAUGCACCUCAUCAGGGAGGCCUUUGGGAGAGGGCCGUCAAAAGUGUCAAAUUUCACCUAAUAAGAGUCAUUGGACAACAGACCCUGUCACUGGAAGAGUUUUCGACUUUAAUCACCCGUAUUGAAGGAAUGAUGAACUCUAGGCCUAUAACUCCUCUUUCUUCUGAUCCCUCGGACCUAGAAGCUUUGACGCCAGGUCAUUUUUUAGUAGGUGGUCCUCUUAUGACACCUCUUGAACCUGACUUGCGUAGCAUUCCUAUCAACCGAUUAAAACGCUGGCAGGUAGUCCAGUCAACAUAUCUGGGCUCGCUGGCAGAAAGAGUAUCUGUACACUCUUCAAGAGAGAAAUAA